AUGGCUUUAGUGAGGUCAUAUCUCACGAUGUAUACAUCGCAUCUGGUCAUUCUAUACAGCGACUUAAAGUACCACUACGACCAAAGAGAAAAAGCGGAGCAGGCGGCCAAAAAAAUUUGUGCUGUUUAUGGACCCAAUACAGUAUCGAAUGCAACAGCAAAGCGGUGGUUCCAACGAUUCCGUUCUGGUAAUAUGGACGUCGAAGAUAAGACACGCUCUGGUAGGCCAAUCGUUGAAAAUGUCGAUAAAAUCAUGGAAAUCGUCGAGUCGGACCGGCAUGCGAGCACUUAUUCCACUGCCCAGGAACUGAAGAUUAGCCAGAAAACCGUUUGA